GGCACUUCCCACCAUCCGUCUGUCGGCAUGAAGGGCGCGCGCACCCUGCAGCAGCUCUCGCUAACCGUGAAGCGGAGCCUUCAUCAUCAUCCUCCUCCUCCUCUGCAGCGUUCCGUGGGAAUUAUCGGAGCGCCUUUCUCCAAGGGCCAGUCCAAGGAUGGAGUGGAGUGCGCCCCGAGCAAGUUACGAGCAGCAGGACUCCUGGACCGUCUACGGCAACAGGGCUGUGCCGUGAAGGACUACGGGAACCUGACGUUUGAGAACGUUGCACUUGACGAGCCGGUCAAUGGGUCAAAAAGUGUCCGGACGGUGGGAAGUGCCAACCAGAGGCUGUCGGAGGCGGUGAAGGCAGUGAAGAGGGAUGGGCACACCGCCGUGAUCCUUGGAGGAGACCACAGUCUCGCCAUUGGCUCCAUCCACGGUCACACCGCAGCCGUCGGACCAGUGAGCGUCGUUUGGGUCGAUGCCCACGCCGACAUCAACACGCCGCUGACCUCAAACACAGGAAACAUCCAUGGGCAGCCCAUGUCGUACCUCCUGUACGAGUUGCAGUCGAAGCUCCCCCCGUUACCAAACUUUUCCUGGAUGAAGCCCUGUGUGUCGUCCCGGGAUCUCGUCUACAUCGGCCUGAGAGACGUGGAUCCGGCGGAGUGCUACAUUAUGAAGUUGUUGGCGGUGAAGGUGUUCUCCAUGACACAGGUGGAUCAGCUGGGCAUGGCCAGAGUUAUGGAGGAGACGUGCGAUUACCUGUGGGACAGAACAAAGAAACCGAUCCACCUGAGCUAUGACAUUGACGCCAUCGACCCUUCCAUUACCCCAGCAACAGGAACACCUGCGGUAGGAGGGCUCACCUACAGAGAGGGGGUUUACAUCACAGAGUACCUCUAUCAGACAGGUCUGCUCUCGGCUGUGGACAUGGUGGAGGUGAACCCUCUGAGGGGACGAACGGAGGACGACGUCCGCUCUACCGUCAGCACGGCGGUUGACCUGCUGCUCGGAUGUUUCGGACGUCGUCGGGAAGGAAACCACCUGCCAGAUUAUUCCCUGCCAGAGCCGUAACAAGGACAAUUCCUGUCUGUCUGCCAGGAGCCCGAACGCAUCACACCGAGAAAUCCUUCACUAUGAAUGCAACUGCUGCUAUGAGGCCUCGAGGUGGUCAUCUUCCAGUUUUAAAAACUCAAUCAGUUCACUCAA